UUAUAGAUCGGUAGUGUCGCUGUAGGCUGUUGGUACUGGUUAAUACAAAAUGUCCAGUACUUCACUUGAAAGUAAAAUAUUAGAUCUUGAAGCCCGACUGAGAGCAGAAAAUGAAAUGAGGGAUAGGGACAAAAUGCCAAAGGACUUGAGCCAUGUCAUGGGAAGUCCUGCGCAUGGAACUGGUCGUAGACCCAGGCAGUUGGAAGGAAUAACAAGAGGUGAAGGAACAUUUCAAAGGCCAAGAAAACAACUAGAUCUACCAGUAUUGUCAUCUAUGAUGCAGCAGAGGAAUCAAGAUGGAGGAGAAUUUGAAAGCAGAUUACAAGAAGAGAUUAUGAAGAUGAAUGGCAUUCUCAGUAUUAAUGGAAAGAAAUACAAAACGGAGAUUAAGGACUUGGAGCACCAAGGCGAAUUAGGGAACGGAACCUGCGGCCAUGUUGUCAAAAUGCUCCACAAACCGAGUCAGACUGUUAUAGCGGUUAAGCAAAUGCGCAGGUCGGGAAACAGUGAAGAGAACAAGAGAAUAUUUAUGGACCUUGACGUGGUUCUCAAGUCACACGAUUGUCGCUUCAUCGUGCAGUGUCUGGGCUGCUUCAUCACAGAGUCAGAUGUAUGGAUUUGUAUGGAGCUGAUGGCAACAUGUUUUGAUAAGCUGCUCAAGAGACUGAGGAAAGCUAUUCCAGAAGAUAUCUUAGGAAAAGUCACGUAUGCUACUGUGGAAGCGCUGAACUAUCUGAAAGAAAGGCAUGGUGUGAUACAUCGUGAUGUUAAACCAAGUAAUAUCCUUUUAGACGAGAAAGGAAAUGUAAAGCUGUGUGAUUUUGGGAUCUCUGGCCGACUCGUUGACUCAAAAGCGAAAACGAGAAGUGCAGGCUGUGCAGCAUACAUGGCACCUGAGAGAAUAGAUCCACCAGACCCUCUGAAGCCAGAUUACGAUAUUCGAGCAGAUGUAUGGAGUCUUGGAAUCACGUUAGUAGAACUUGCUACGGGUAAUUUUCCAUACAAAGACUGCAAGACAGAUUUCGAAGUACUAACAAAAGUUCUGCAAGAUGACCCACCGUCACUUCCUGCAGACCAGACGUUCAGCCCUGAUUUCCGCAACUUUGUCACAUACUGCCUUACAAAGAAUUACAGGCACAGGCCAAGGUACAGAGAUCUUUUGAAACUUCCGAUUAUGAAAAAGUAUGAGACUGCAGAUGUGAAUGUGGCAGAAUGGUACGCAAGAGCCAAGCAGCAGUGUGAGGUUAACUCGUCGUGCAACACACCAAUUCAGAGGUGCACCCCUCCCCCUCCAUCUCCAUCUGCACGGCGUCACGUUGCACUUCACCACAGUCAUCACAGAUCAUUAUCAGAGACCGUAAGGCAACCAAAUGCAAAUGGAGGGGAUGUAGGGCAUGUCUCUGCGUUCCAGAGGUUAGAUCCUACGCACAGGUUGGAGAAUGGUGCCCAAGCAUCACCCUCACUACAGCAGCAGCAGGACUGCUGGAACACUGUGCAGUCUGGUAGCACUGAUGCCGAGUGGGAUGCUAACAAAGUGGUCGGGAGCGGGUUUCUUGGUUCACCUAUACCGGGCCGGAAACGCUUCCCUUCAGAUCCACAGUACCAUUAUCACCAUGGUAACACCAGCCCUCUAGUCCUACAGAGGUUCUAUCACCAACAGAACCAACAUUUGUAUCACCACCACCAUAAUUUAAAUUUAAAUAGCUAUCCCAUUCAACAGUCAUUAACUCACCAGUCAUGUACAGACUCUAGCAACGAAACUCAAAAGCAAGAUGACAGUAGUGGUGUAGUUAAGAAACGUUUUGCUUCGUAUAUCAAGUUCCAUCUUGGUGGCGGGGACUCACGGAGUCGGAAUCUUCCGCCCCCUCGGCCCAUCCGACAUACUUCACCCGGCCCCACAUCCCGUUACCCACCCCCUAGUCAGAGUCCAGACCCUCCCCCACGGCACAACAGGGGCUCCUCUACCCCUGCAGAUACUGGUACCCCUGGAGCCGGUUCGUCUCCUCUUCUGGUGAGACGGAGUUUCCUUGAUGUCUCGCCUGUAAGAAGAGGCUUUGUAGAAGGCUCACCAUCUCUCUCUAGAAGGUAUGUGUCACCUUGUCCACCUCAACCCCCACCUCGUCGAUUAUCAGAAAGCAGCUCCGUCCCUGGGUCGCCCCAGCACCGGCGUGUUGACUAUUUCCGAGCACGUUUCCACUACACACCAGAGCCACAGAGGCGUGUAUUUGGUGGCAGAGACUUCCAAGACCUCUGAUAGAUUUUGAAUCUGUCCACAAUUAUGUCAGUGAUGUGAGGUGUAUGCUACAGUUUUCUUAUGUUGGCCAUGGCCUAGAAAAAAUGUUGUUCUUAAUACUGUGGGAAAUAUGUUCUUUAAAAUAGAGAUGGACACACAGUAAGUAGAUAUAAUACCAGGCUUUUACAGUGUUCAUGGAUUUCCUUUAUAGUAGUGUCAUUUUGUUUUGAUUUUUCUUGUUUUCAUACACCGAUUUUAGCAUAAAGUUUUUAUAUGCUCAGUAAUCUGGAACAUUGUAUGAGUUAUUUUACAAGAAAGACAUUUUUGCCCACAGUUCUAAGAUGUUUUUAUAAAUUAAUUAAUGCAAACUUUAUUAAACAACAGUCAGCUUGACUAUUGUGAAGUUCUAAAAUGCAUUUUCCAUGCUAGUCAAGAUUUUAAGGUUAACUGUGUAAAGUACAUUUAAAUCUGGUGAAUAUGCAAACUGAUUGUAUCUCCCUUGCCCUAACUGUCUUGUUUGUCUGUACAUUCACCAGCAUUCUGAUCAUAUCUGCAAUAGUGAGUGGAAUUUAUAUAGUUGAAUAUCUUAGAAUUUUACAGUGUUUCAGUUACACAAGCCAUACAGACUCAAGGAAGAAAGGCGUCAAGAAUUUUCUGGUAUCAUAACAUAAGCAGAGGUAUCUGCUCUACCCUCAGGAUGUGCUUGUUUUAUUGUAUCACAGUAUGUAGUAUCUAAAACAUUAAAGAGUAAAAAGCAACCCUGUUUAAGAAAUUUAAGGUUAUUCGUGUAAUUAUUACUCGCAUCUGAAAACUAUAGCACAUUGCUCACGCGUCACUUUUAACAGCCGUGGCUGUACUGUACAUAUUGUCAAGAGUGCAGAGUAAAUUUUAUAUCUUUAUGUGUUUAUCUAUUUGGUCAGCAGUAGGAAACAGGUUAUUUGGAAGUUUUACUUAUUUGCAACAGCGAAACUUUAUUAGGUCCAUUAAUUUUUUGUGUUAUUGCAACAAGAACCCAGAUUCUUUUUACUCUUAUUUGACCAAGCGUUUAUUAUCCACCUUCAUAUAUCAAAUAGGAUGUUUGUGCAUAAAAGUUGAGACUGACUGGUGUAGACUUCACCAAAACAUUCUGAGGUGUACUCAUUUUGAAGAAACUUAAGUUAUGUGUGGGUGUCUCUGCCCACAGAUCUAGUUAAGAGGAGGAUUGUUAAAGGCAUCUUUCUAGAACAGAAAAUGUUUCAGUGAAAAGUUGGUUGGUUGGUUGGUUUCCAAUGGCUGCAUUUGGAAUCAUUUAAUCCAUUUUGCUUAAUGCUUCCCAAUAGAGCACUCAAGUUCUCAGUAAAAAGUAACGGAUUGAGAAUAUUCACAUGCAACACCAGUAGUGUGUACGCUUGCUUUUCUAAUUAUGGUAAGUUAUAUUAAGUGUGGGGGGCACUACAUGGUAAUGUAGUGGGUUGAGGCACACUGCUACAAGCCAGAAGGUUGUGGGUUUCAUUCCUGAUGGGGUCGUUCGAUGUUUCAAUUGGCCUAAUCCUUCCAGCCGCACUAUGGCUCUGGGUCGACUCAGCCUCUAACAGAAAUGUGUACCAGGAAUCUUUCUGGGGGGGUAAAGGAUGGCCAAUGGAUAAGGCUGACAACCUCACCACCAUCUGAGCCAAUUGUGUAGAAACCAAACUGAACAACCAUAAGCUUCUCAAGAAGCACUGUGCUCCGUAGAAUGUUUGGGUGUGCUGAGUGAACAUGAGCAAGGCAUGGAAGCUAAGUUGGUCUCACUCUUGUCAUUGAACGUAAUGGUCAAAGGACAGUCUUCUGGGUUGUAAUGCUGUUUAGUCUGAAGAGGUCCUGAUGUUUCAGUGAAACAUACUGCUUCUACAGCUUCCAGGUUCAAAGAGAAGAACAAGCUAGAAAAUACAGAGUGAUUCAUAUAGAAACGACCUGACGAAAUGAGCUGUAAUAUAAAAUAUACCAUAAUGAUAU